GAAGGACUAAUCGCUAAUCUCUUCGUUAAUACUUCAAUCUGCCUAUGAACCAAGAUACAUCACUAAGAAGCCUCGAGACAGGGACAUACAGGCUGGUGGUUUGCAGGAAGUACAUUUGGGAAUUUGUUCCAGUGGGAAACUUUUAGAAGUGAAGUUUGAGUGGGCUUUUCUGUCCAGGUUUCCUUUGAGGAUAAGUGUGUGUAUGUGUCUAAUGUUUAUUGCGGCCAAACUGGGAAGUUGUGUAUACAUGUAAGUAAAUAUAGUAUUGAAUUGAGCUUUUCUAUCGAGGAGUUGUAAAGUUGUUGGUUGUUAAAUGUUCUGUUAGCGUUGAUAAGCCAACUUUAUUUUUUAUAAUAACCAGGGAUUAAGGAUUCUUUAGUCUGCUGCUUAUUGUGUUGCAUUUAGGUUUUUUCGGUUUUGUUUUUUGGAGGUUUUCUGUUUCUAUAAAAGGAGUAGUGUGUGUCUGUGUGUGUGCGUGUUGGUUGUUGCAUGUGUUUGCCUGCCAUGCCCUUACCCGUGCCUGAUGUCCCGGCCUCUCAGAGGCUGGCACUGGACUGUCGUACCCUUCUGGACCAUCGCAUUGGCAAGGGGGUUUGUGGUUGUUGCGGGGCGCUCAGGCCUCGCUACAAGAGACUGGUAGACAACAUCUUUCCAGAAGACCCCGAGGAUGGUCUGGUGAAGGCCAACAUGGAGAAGCUGACGUUCUACGCCCUGUCAGCUCCAGAGAAGCUGGACCGUAUCGGAGCCUACCUGUCUGAGAGACUGUCGAGGGAUGUGGCCCGACACAGAUACGGGUAUGUGUGUAUAGCCAUGGAGGCGCUGGACCAGCUGCUGAUGGCCUGCCACUGUCAGAGCAUCAACCUGUUUGUGGAAAGUUUCCUGAAGAUGGUGCGCAAGCUGCUGGAGUCAGACAAGCCCAGCCUGCAGAUCCUAGGAACCAACUCUUUUGUGAAGUUUGCAAACAUAGAAGAGGACACCCCAUCGUACCACCGCAGUUAUGACUUCUUUGUGUCGCGCUUCAGUGAGAUGUGCCACUCCAGCUUUGAGGACCCUGACAUCCGCACCAAGAUCCGCAUGGCAGGGAUCAAGGGCCUGCAGGGCGUGGUGAGGAAGACUGUGAACGACGAGCUGCAGGCCAACAUCUGGGACCCUCAGCACAUGGACAAGAUCGUCCCCUCUCUGCUCUUCAACCUGCAGAGUGGAGAGCGCACGGAGAGCCGCUCCCCCUCUCCGCUGCAGGCGUCAGAGAAGGAGAAGGAGAGCCCGGUGGAGCUGACGGAGCGCUGCUUCAGGGAGCUGCUGGGACGUGCCGCCUAUGGCAACAUCAAGAACGCCGUCACGCCCGUGCUGAUGCACCUAGAUAACCACUCUCUAUGGGAGGGGAAGACCUUUGCAGUGCGCUGCUUCAAAAUCAUCAUGUACUCCAUCCAGUCUCAGCACUCUCACUUGGUCAUCCAGCAGCUUCUCGGUCACCUUGACGCUAACAGCAAGAACUCAGCCACAGUGCGAGCCGGGAUCGUGGAAGUGUUGCUGGAGGCAGCAGCCAUUGCAGCCAGCGGCUCUGUAGGUCCCACAGUGUUGGAGGUGUUUAACACCCUGCUGCGGCAGCUCCGCCUGAGCGUGGACUACGAACUGACCGGCUCUUAUGACGGCAGCACGAACAUCGGCACCAAGAUCAUUAAAGCUCACGAGGAGAGGCAGCUGCAGGAGGCUGUCAUCAGGACCAUCGGUUCUUUUGCCAACACUCUACCGACAUAUCAGAGGUCAGAGGUCAUGCUCUUCAUCAUGGGCAAGAUCCCGGUCCCUGGGGUUCACCCGGCUCUGACUUCCACAGGCUCUGGGCCCGAGGUUACCAGGAUGAUCCAGGUGAUGUUACUCAAGUCCCUGGUCCAGGUGACUGCCGGUUUCCAGACCACCAACAUGCUGACGGCGCUGCCCAGCUCCUUCCUGGAGCCGCUGCUGUCCUUCUCCCUCACAGAGGAUCCAGAACUCCGGCUGCUGGUGCUGCAGAUCCUCCUCAGUCUCAUCGACAGGCACGAAAACACAGCAAAGUUCUCCGACAUUAGCAUCAUCUCAGACAUCUCUGUGCUCAAGCUCAAAGUCGACAAGUGCUCCAGGCAGGACAACCUAUUCAUGAAAAAGCACGGCCAGCAGCUGUACCGACAUAUCUACCUGGGCUGUAAGGAGCCGAGCAGCGGCCGGCAGCACUACGAGUCGCUCUUCGCCCUGCUGGGUCUCCUCAGCGUGGAGCUGGCUAACGAAGAGGUGGUGGUGGACCUCAUCCGCCUCGCACUCGCCUUGCAGGACCUGGCUCUGUCCACCGACGAGGCGCUUCCUGUUUAUAACCGCUGUGCUGUUCACGCCAUCGCCGCCGCUUACCUCAACCUCAUCUGCCAACUCACCACCGUCCCAGCCUUCUGCCAGCACAUACACGAGGUGAUUGAGAUGAGACAGAAAGAACGGGGCUACCUUUUGCCUGAGGACGUCUUCAUUGAUCAUCCCAAACUGCCUUCUUCACUGGAGAAGGUAGAAGGGGACAUUCUGUUCCUCCAGUCCAAGAUCACUGAGGUCCUCGGAGGCAGUGGUUAUAACACAGACAGACUGGCUACGCCAUACGUCCCCCAGUAUACUGAUGAGGACCGUCUGUCCAAGAGGAAGAGCAUCGGAGAGACCAUCUCACUGCAGGUGGAGGUGGAGUCCCGAAACAGUCCAGAGAAAGAAGAGAGGACACCAGCGGAGGAGAUCACAUUUGAAACCCUAAAGAAUGCCAUCGUGGACAGCGUCGGUAUGGAGGAGCAGGAGAGGGAGCGGAGGAGACAAGUGGUGGAGAAGUUUCAGAAGGCUCCCUUCGAGGAGAUAGCUGCACACUGUGGCGCCAGGGCCACCCUGCUGCAGAGCAAACUCAAUCAGAUUUUUGAGAUCACAAUCAGACCCCCGCCCAGCCCAUCUGGAACCAUUUCAUCAGGUUACGGCCAAAGCCAGAGUCGAUCCGUACCCCUCUACGAGAUGAAGUUUCCUGACCUGUGUGUUUACUAGAGCAGAAAGGGGAAGUUAAAGAACUAUCUCACAUUUCAGGACAGCAGAGUCAUUUUUUUUUGGGGGGGGGGGGAUGCCGAUCUGAACAUGGAGUCACACCACCACAGGGGAUGAGGAGAAAAAAACCCACAGCCCACUCAAGAACAAGCUACUUCUUGAUCAGCAAAGUCAUCCGAAAUUCUUUUGCCGUGUGAUUGCAGCCAAAACAAGCGGGCUAUUUAUGUCGACACAUGCCGCAGUAAAAGUUUUAUUUUCUGUUAUUCCCCUCGCGUCUCCUUCCAUGUCUGUAGAAUCUCCUGUGGUCGGAUUUUAAAAUGUUGAAAUUGCCAAGUACUGCGAGGGGGACAUAGAGCGGCACACUGAAAGUUGUUUCAUUUGGUUUUGAAGGAACUGACUCGUUGCAUGCCAUGUUACUGGACAUUUUGGAUAGCACUUCAAAUCUCGGACAUUCUUCCCACCUGUUUGUCCCUUACAGGGUGCCAUACUACUGUUGAUCAUGAAAUUAGAUUGACCGUUUUUAAAAAUAUUUCAUUAGUGUUUUUUGUUGGUUGAUUUUAUCGCCGUAUGUGUUUAAGAAGCAUUUUAAUUUGUGUAUGUUUGCAUGGAAUAUGGACAGAUGUAUACAAAUAUCACGCUAAUGCUUACCAUAUCCCAUGUUGCUCUUUUUAAUCUUUUUUACCAUUUUUUCUUUUGCCUUUUUUUUUUGUUAGCCAAAAGUGCUUUUUAUUUCCGGCCAGGCGUCUACUUCCUGCACCUAGUAUUUUAUCGUUCAUAUUGUAAUUUUUUUGUUUUUACCCGUUAUCUAAACGAUAUACAACUGUUUAUCUUUGUGCUAUCCUCCCAAAGUGAGUGUGCCUUGCUGGUGACUCGAGUUAUAGCGUACACAAGAACACACACUGCUUCACGGUCACGACCACACUUAUAUUCUGAAGUGUUUACUGUGAUGUUUACCAGAUCAAACACUAGAGGCUAAAGAAGGAUCCUUUAUUUUCUCCUUUCCAUAUAAAUGUGUAUAUACAGAGAAAUAUAUAAAUCUAUAAGCGGGUGUACAGAGUAGGGAUUUUUUUGUGUGUGUACUGUAUAUAAACUGUAUAUUAAUUCUAACUUUAGACUGCCACUGCACUGAUUGUGUCCAUAGAUGAGGGAGAAAGCUGCUUAGAUAGUAUUCAGAUUUGUUUGUAAAAUCUUAAAUAUGUUACGUACGGAAGCACUGAGGGGCAAGGGGGAUAAUCAAAAUCCUGGUGUUCAAUAUUUGUAAUUCUGAUAAUGUUUAUGAACAAGGAAAUAAGGUGAACCAGGAUAGUCUUUCUGUUUUCCUUUUUUCAACAACAUAACUCACGAUAUUGGCUCUGAUUUGGAGUGCACAGAGGAAUUCAAACUCACAUGGAAGAAAAUAAAGCAUUCAUUAUUUUCCGUCUAAAUUCAAAACAUGGGGUUUCAGAGCACUUCCAAAAAACACAAAAUAAUUCUACCUGCCAAAAUGUCAAAAAUAUAAAACUUGCAAAACCUUGAUCAUUUCGAUCAGAAUUAGAAAAUACAUCAUUUAGUCAAUUAUUAUCAUUUUAUGACUUGCCUCUCAGGGCCUCCGUAAAAACCAACAACUCAUGAAAUCAAAAAGGUUUAUUGACAAGGGUUUAAACAGCCCACAAGAAAAAUCUACAUCGUCUUGAGGCCAGUUUAUCACACUAGUGAAGUCUGAAACGUGUCCUGCUAAAGAGUCAAUGGAAUAAUCUAUCAUUACUAGCCACAUAUUACGCGACAGGUUUUCGCACCAUUGUGAGCUGUAGUGCUGCCAUCACAUUCUCAGUCCUGCUGAAAUCAGUUUGCACUCUGUUUUUAUGCCACACCGCUGCUCAUGCUGCCGCGGCCUCCAAGCGGCGCACCUGUCUCAUUCAGCAAGAUUAAAAUAAAAGCCAUUUCUUCUGCAUGUGUGCUCCUACACACAGGUAUCAAAACAAAGUAUAAUGGCAAUAAUUUGCCACUAGCCUGGCUAACACAGCCCAACUGUUGGUAGCAAAAUCGUUUGUGUUUUAAAUUGUUACCAUCUGUUGUUGUGGUGCUGUGAUUGUGAGUGUUGUGAUGUUGUGAGAGACCGACCCCCCCCCCCCUCCAGCUUCUGCGCUUCUGUGAAUUAUCUGCAUGGAGCGUGAGUCGCGCUGCAGCCACAUGUUUAAUGUAACGGUGUCCGUUCUGUGUCACGGUCCAAUUUUUUACUAUGUGGUGUCAUCUGUCUGUAUAUUCAUGUCCACUGUGUAUCAAAUCUGUUCAUGUUUACCAUUCUAGUGCAGAAGUGUGUGCGUGUAUUUAUUCAUGCGUCUAAAUGAACAGUCAUGCAGAUGUGUGUCUAUAUUGUCAUAACCCAAGACCAAAAUCAGUUUACAGUUUUUGUCCAGUGACUCUUUCCAUAACAAAGAACAAUUUCUCUCACAGCGACGUGCAGCUGUUAAACCUUCCAGUGACACCUUGUGAAGUUGUCUUUUCAGCAUCUUGCAACUUGGCAGUGAAGAUCUGUAAAUCUGAGUCCUUGUUGUCAUUGCAUAGUGUAUGGUAAUAUUGACUAACAGUAAACCAAUCUUAAUUUUGUCAUUAAAUGUCUCGUUAAUAGAUCUGUUUACAACGUAGUGCUGUAGGUCAAAUCUAUUCAUUCUGUGAACUUUGCACUUUAAAAACUGGAUUCCCUAGUGACAAAGGCAGCUUUUACAAGGAGAAAAUGCCUUAUGAGUGUCAUACCUGACUUUGCAUGCUUGUGAUGUUGCCGUUGUGUACAAUAAAUUUGUCUGUAACCAGAAAUAGUCUGAUCUGUUUCGGUUUGUACUUGUUAUUGACGAUGGGGGAUGCGUCACGGAGUGGAAUGUUGUUUUCAAAUGUGAUCUGAAGCUGCUAACGCCAUCAUGCAGUACAUUAAAAUAAUCAAGCACGUGCUCCAGUGCAGUGGUCCAUUAAGCAAUCAUAAAUGUUAGGUUUCCUUAACAAUGCUUGUUUUGCUUGCCUGUAAUGACUGAGUUUUGUCACUGUGACAAUACUUGCAUCAGUACUGUUUAUUUGCCAACCCCAUGCCUGUCUUCUGAGGGGGUGUUUUUUCCGAAUUAAAUUCAACAUGUAUUUUA